AUGAAAUUCCAGGGCUCUAGAGAGGCCUUGCCCUCAGGCUCCCGACUAUCAUUAUCCUCCGCGUCCUCGAAUCCUCUGAACAUCGCACAACAUGAACACCACCUCCCUCAUCAUGGAACUGACGAUAAUGAUUUACGAAGACGGUGGCUGUCUGACAUAUCCUCAAGGAGGCAAUCGGUCGCUGGACCUCCUAAUAGCUUGGACAACUUUGCCCGGUCAUGGCAGAGAGCGGCCCAAUUCCCAGAGGUUACUCCCCGUCGAUCAUCAUUCUUCUUGGCCUUGCCUGAUGACGAGGAACAUGGCCGCGAUUUGCCCAUAGAUGAAACCAGACCUCUCUUGAGUCGGCCCUCUGCUUCAGGAGAGCACGUACCAGAAUCGCUCUGUGAUGAUGACGAUGUUGCAAACUCUCAUGAUUACGGAACUAGAGAGGGAACGGAGCACAGGCGACCUCACCUGGAUGGUGGAUUUGACGCAUCUGCGCGCACAACACCACUCCUGGGAAGAAGCUACGAGGCAUCGUAUGGAACAGCAAGUUCGACUAGAAUAAGCGAGUCGACCCGAUUACACGCCGCCCAACUGCAUAGGGAGCACCACCUUAUCGAAACCAAUACCGAUAUCAUAGACGCUGACGCUGAUCGGGAACCCCUCGUCGUCAAGCACAUCCAACACCGAGAUGGCUCCAAAGAAACCAUUAUUGUUGGCCAAUCCACCGUUCCCCAGACCAUAUUCAACUCCGUCAAUGUCCUGAUUGGAAUAGGCCUACUUAGCUUACCCCUAGGCCUCAAAUAUGCUGGAUGGGUUAUCGGGAUUCCUCUGCUUAUCUUCUCGGCAAUGGCUACUGCAUAUACGGCCAAAAUCCUCGCAAAGUGCAUGGAUGUAGAUCCUACCCUCGUUACCUAUGCUGAUCUGGCAUAUAUCAGCUUUGGGCCCCAAGCUCGUAUCAUCACCAGCCUACUCUUCUCCUUGGAACUGAUGGGUGCAUGUGUGGCUUUGGUUGUGCUCUUUGCAGAUAGCAUUGACGCUUUGAUUCCGGGACUAGGGGCCCUUCGUUGGAAACUGAUAUGCGGCGCAAUUUUAAUCCCGAUGAACUUCGUGCCCUUGCGACUUCUGAGCUUGUCGAGCAUUUUGGGCAUUUUUUGCUGUACUUCUAUUGUUCUGAUUAUUUUUGUCGAUGGUAUUAUCAAGCCGGACUCCCCAGGCUCCCUCCGUGAUCCUGCCCCGACAUCCCUCCUCCCUGGGAACUGGGAUGCCGUCCCGCUUUCCUUUGGACUGAUUAUGUGUCCCUGGGGCGGCCACAGCGUCUUCCCAAACAUCUACAAAGACAUGAGACACCCCCGCAAGUACGGAGAGAGCCUUUGGAUAACUUACAUCUUCACACUUUUCCUGGACCUGGCCAUGGCGACAGCCGGCUGGCUCAUGUUUGGUCCCGACGUUACCGACGAAGUCACAUACAACGUUCUCCUCACAUCCGGAUACCCUAAUUGGUUGUCAAUUUGCAUUGUCGUAUUUAUCGCCAUCAUUCCAUUGACGAAGAUACCCCUCAGCUGCCGUCCACUGGUCAGCACAGUCGAAUCACUCUGCGGCCUCCACAAUAUCCCUACCCGCAGCCAACACCCUCAGAAGAAAGCGAGGAAUGAGAGAAAGGAGCCAACCCACCUUAUCCGCACCACUGUCCAAGUCACAGCCCGCAUCGCCACAAUCGUCCUCAUCACCUACAUCGCCAUUGUCUUUCCGUACUUCGACCGCAUCAUGGCCCUUAUCGGUGCGAGCCUGUGUAUCACCAUCUGCAUCAUCCUCCCUAUUGUUUUUUAUAUGAAAAUUUUUGGAUCCAGGAUUAGUUUUCAGGAGCGGGUUGCGGAUUGGUUGUUGUUGAUUGUUUGUUCUAUUAUGGCGGUUGUGGGGACGGCGUGGGCAUUUAUUCCUAAGGAGAAUAUUGGGUUGAAAUGA